UUUUGUGAAACAGGAAUUAUAUUGCUAAGAACACUUUUGGGGAUAAUUUGCUUGAUUAUAUUGGUUUUACGCAAAUUAAAAAGGAGGCAUUUGUCAAUGGAUGACAUGAUUGAGAAUUUUCUUCAGAGCCAAAACAAUUUAAUGCCUAUAAGAUAUUCUUAUUCUGAAAUAAAAAGAAUGACAGAAGGUUUCAAGAAUAAACUAGGACAAGGAGGAUAUGGCUCUGUGUUUAAAGGAAAACUUCGAAGUGGUCAACUUGUUGCGAUAAAAUUAUUAAACAAAUCAAAAACCAAUGGUCAAGAUUUCAUCAAUGAAGUUGCAACUAUCGGAAGAAUUCACCAUGUUAAUGUGGUAAGACUUGUUGGAUUUUGCGUGAAGGGAUCAAAACAAGCUCUUGUAUAUGACUUCAUGCAAAAUGGGUCCUUAGAUAAAAUAAUAUUUUCAACUGAAAGUAACACUUUGAGUUGGCAAAAAAUGUUUGAGAUUGCAUUGGGAGUAGCUCAAGGUAUUGAUUAUUUACAUAGAGGUUGUGAAAUGCAAAUUUUACAUUUCGAUAUCAAGCCACAUAACAUUCUUCUAGAUGAGAACUUUAUCCCGAAAAUUUCAGAUUUUGGCCUUGCAAAGUUGUAUUCAGUGGAUGACAGUAUUGUCCCUCUCACAGCUGCAAGAGGUACAUUAGGAUAUAUGGCUCCUGAAUUGUUUUAUAAAAUAUUGGAAGCAUCUCAUAUAAAGCCGAUGUUUAUAGUUUUGGAAUGA